AAAUCAAAUCACCACAGAGUUAUUGGACAAGGGAUAAAUGCUACUAUAUUGGUCACUUAUUUCUUUUGGCUCUGGCCAAAUCCAUGUCUCUCAUCAGAUGGCUUUGCUAUAUGGACAUCUUCGGCUGCUGAUUUUAGUUUCUGUCAUCACCUUGGUGGCAGCCUAUUUCUUCAUAUUCCAUACAUGUCCUGGACAGGUGACCAAGAAGCCUAUCAAGACACAACUGAGGGUGGCACCAUCAAGCCUUCCUUCUCCGCCCUCUGCUCCGUGCACCUGUUCUCCUGGCUCAAUGAUGCUCAAAGACAAAAUUCCUGCGGAUCAGUAUGAAGCGCUUGCACAACGCAGAAACAAGGAGCUACAACAACACAAAGCCAGGACUACAUCAGUGUUAUCUACUCUUCUGAUUGCUGCACCUAACUCUCCUCUACAGUACCCUAUCCAGGGAUUUAUCGUACGACCUCUGACGCCCACUUUUAUACCAGGUUUAGCGCUGGAUGCCAGACCAAGAGAAACCUAUAUGGUGUCCUUGUCUGUCUCCAAAGGGGUCCUCACCAUUAAAAAUCCCCUUGAGGGAGUGACAACAGAAGGUGAGAUAUCAGAACAAAGCAACGGCAUGGUUUCCCUCAACAAACUGCUGACUCAAGUGGCAUAUACCAGCACUGUCUACCAUAUCCACACCGGCGACCUUGCCGUCUUCGAGUUUGAGAACGCCAAAGCUGUGUUUCUCACCAUCAAGCAGCCUAUUCUGCCGGUCCUGUAUGACAUGGGAACAGAUAUCAGCUCUCAAGUAACCAUCGCCACAAAGACAUUCCUGCGCUACCACAGUCUCCGGGUGUUGUUGAGCAGCAUACGCCGUUUCUAUAGCACAAUGAAUGUCAUCAUUGCGGAUGAUCGCUUUAUAACAGAGAAUAUUAAGGGGGACUAUAUCCAACACUUCAUCAUGCCUGCAGCACAGGGCUGGUUUGCUGGCAGGAAUCUUGCCAUAUCCCAGGUAACCACAAAGUAUCUCCUGUGGGUGGAUGAUGACUUCCUGUUUGUAGAGGAAACGAAGAUAGAGACGAUGGUGGCGAUCAUGGAGGCAAACCCUGAACUUGACGUGCUUGGAGGAUCAGUGAAGGGGAACCAGUUUUACUUCUCAAUAGAAUAUGACGAAGGGGAAGAAAUGGAGGGUGGCUGCCUUUACAGAAAGUCAAAAGGGAAGUUCACGCCACUCCCUGGUUUCCCAAAUUGCCAUAUGGCUAGUGGUGUUGUCAACUUUUUCCUGGCUCGUACAGAUGCUGUAAACAAGGUGGGAUUUGACCCUAAGCUGAAGAGAGUAGCUCAUUCAGAGUUUUUUAUGGAUGGGUUGGGCUCUCUGAUGGUUGCCAGCUGUGGCCAUGUGUCCAUUGGACAUCAGCCCCCUACCUCCAACAAGGACGAUGCCAGAUAUGGAAAAUUCCGACAUCCUCCAAGAACCGACGAAUUGUUCAAACAGCAACUUCACUUUUUCAAAAACAACUUAAAAUGUAUCCGCUACGGAUAGAAGACGACCAGAGGACACAUUUUUUGUUUUGUAUUGUUCAAAGCCAACAUCUUACACAACUCUUUAAGGAGGAUGUAGAAAUGUGAUGACAUGCAUGACCACUGUCAACACUUUUUACAUUUUUGGUAUGGUGGAUAUUAUGGGACGUUCUAUAGCCUCUACAUUUGUCUCCCGUGUUUGUCUCAUGACACGAUCCCUCUUGAUGCAUAUAAAUUACCUUUAACCCCACCACAGUAUUUAUAAAGAAAAUGCUGAAAUUUGCUAUGGUAAAAAAGAAAAAACGAGGUAAAACAAGCCAGCAAAGACAUAAUUAGCUCUUAAAGAGGCUUUUGAGCCAUAAUAGGCUACAGCAGUUCUCCAAGAUUUAGCGUAUUAUUGUCCUUUAUGAAGGCUUUAAAUCAAAUGUGAUUCAACCCUUUCGCCCAACACCUUCAAGGAAGAACACAGUCAAGAAGCCUUUAAUGGAUAACAUUUCUGCUACAUGAGAUAUUUCAUAGAUAAUCUCUCUCCACUCAUACACCCCACACAUAGGGUGUGACAAAAAAAAUAUAUUGUGGGUUCUUUUAUGCAGAUUACAUAAAUUUUGCAUCCCUCAAAAAAUAUGUAAAAAACAAAGAUGUUUGUAAAAGUCUUGUAAUGGCUUGCUCACAUUGAUAGUAUAUUAGAUGUAGAUAAUAAAUAAAUUAACUUAUUUGAUAAAAACAGGUCUUAUUUAGUAACUUAAACCUGAGUCAUUCAAGUCAAUACAAAACAAAACAGUGAAAUCAUAAGCGCAAGUAUUGCAGUGCAAGUAUGAGUGAACCGUACAUGAGUGUGUUUUCAUUUUGCUGGUCUCUUACCUGGUAGGCCUCCUGAAAAAUUUUAAAAGUCAGGCAUGCAGGCAGCUAUGCUAUCUUAUCACUUAUCUUGUGUGAACACUGCAUAUGUUCUCAAUGUGCAUGCAUGGUACUCUGCCCGGCUUCAUCCUAUUCAGGAAAUGUAUGUAAAAUCUCAAAUCUCAGUUAAAAAUUAACUCAAAACCUACCUUUCCCAAAAUCCUGCAACACCUGACCUCUGAUUUGUCCUGUAUAUUGUACCUUUAUCUGUUUUUGCACUAAAUGAAGCAUCUUUAGGUAUCCAGAAUAGCGCUAUAUAAGUUCUAUAAAUAUUAGACGUCUUGAUUGGUUGUUGCAAUAUGUGUGACAUACUUGAUGUUGUCAUUUCGCACAUUGUUCAAACAACAAUUAAGAUAUUAUCUAAGUUGAUAUAGAUUGCACACGGCUACACACACAAAAGCCAAGAACAACAACUUACAGUACCGGAAACUGUAAUUCGCCUCAUAAAUGUUGCAUCCUGGAUAAUAGCAAGGCUGCUGAAAACCUUUUCUUUUUCUUCAAAUUGAAUAGGAUUCAUUUCUUUAUAAAUACACAAAUACACACGCUGAUGGAAAAUGUAAUUUGCCAUACUCGUCCCAUCUUUUCUGAAUUUGGAUUUAACAGCUCUUUGUCCUGUGGAACUUGGUGCUGUUGUUACUGAUUGUUGCUGAUUAUCACAUUUCUCUAUAAGUAUGUGAGAAUGUGGCAUCUGCAUGAGAGUAGGAUGCACAUAUAUAAAUGUUUUUGUCAGGGAUUGUGCUUUUUUUUUUUAAAUGGGGGAUAGUACUGUACUACACACAAAAGGUAGUAAUCUUAAAUGAAAUGAAAUGAUUGCCAUUUUCUUCCUUGUAUUCCAAUUGUAUGGUUUGUUACCAAACAUCUGUUAACUAGGUACAUUGCCAUCAGAGCCUUGCCAUGUUCUGUAUGCCAAAGUUGAAAGCUAACAGUUGUCAGCAAGGGCUUGAGUGCAAUAACACAAUUAACCAUUGACAUUUGUAGAAACAUGCUUCAAACUUACAGCUAAGACUUUUAGCUGUGUGGCUAACCUCUGUUGUAAGAAAGUAAUUGGAGCAUUUUUUCAGUCAGAUUUUUCACUCUGGUAAUUAGUAAAUGUACAGUGAAAUGGGUUUGUGCAUUGCACUCUAUGCAACUAGUCUGAUUUUGGGAAUGUUGAUUAUAUGUUAGCAAUGUCCCUGAUGGCAUAUCAGCAUGCAGGUUAGCAUUUAGCUCUGCUAUGGCAUUACAGAGUCUCUCAGAAAGGGAGCAAGAUUCAUUCAAAACUAAACUGCACAGUGCUGCUCAAUGGACCAUUAUGAGUGUAAUUUUUAAAAAUGUCUAUUAAAAUUAUGUUUUAAAGGUA